UCAACAGAUACAUGAACUAUGGCGCACUUUUGUGGAAAAUGUUGAUCCUCUCUCCAAAGUUGUGCAUAUCCCCACAUUAGAAAAGGAAUUCCAUGAGGCUGCAAAUGAAGUAGACACGGUCUCGCGGAGCUUUGAGGCACUCAUGUUUGCCAUCUACAGCGCCGCCGUCAUGUCACUGAGCGACGUUGAGUGUAAGGAACGACUUCACGAGCCUCGAAAGUCUCUGCGAUCCAGAUUAAUGACUGCCACGAAGGCAGCAUUAUCGCGAGCCAACUUCAUGAGCACAGCUAGCCUUGUAGUUCUCCAGGCAUUGGUCAUUCACAUCAUCUCAGCGCGAGACAUGUACGAGCCGCGCGCCCUCUGGACCUUGACAGGUGUGGCGGUUCGCCUUGCCAACGGCAUGGGCCUUGAUCGCGAUGGAACACUUCUUGGGUUGCCACCAUUUGAAACAGAGCUGCGGCGACGCAUUUGGUGGUUUCUGAAAGCGCAAGAUCUACAGAAUGCUGAGCUGUGUGGCCUUCCCAAGUUUCGGGACGUUGGCCUGAGCAGCGACUCCCCAAGGCGUCCCACCAACAUCAACGGCAUUGAGCUCUAUUCGGGAAUGCCUGUCUCGCCGGUAGAGUCGGGAAGUUUGACGGACAUGACGUUUCUCGCUAUAAGAUACGACCUACUCUGGUUUGCCGACGCCCGCGUUGCCAGGUUUCGUCAUCUAGGCAAGAGUCUGAGCCAGUGGGAUCAGGAUUUCGCAUCCGAAGGUGAUAAGGCGGAGGCGGAUCAAAGUGUAAAGGAAAUAGAAGAGCAUCUAGAGAAAAAAUACCUUCGGCGUUGCGAUCCUUCGCAGCCGCUGCAGCUAAUGUCGAUGCUGAUGGCACGGGCUGCGAUAGACACUCUUCGCUUCAUGACACACCACCCACGCAGAUGGACCAGCAUCAACCAGGCGCCGCCAUUUGAGCGUCAAUGGGUAUGGGAAGUCAGCAUCAGGCUUCUAGAGCAGCGCGACAUGCUGCAGUCAAACCCCUCACUGAACAAGUUUGCAUGGCACGCAGCGUUUACCAUGCAAUGGCCUGCCUUCAUCCACGUGCUCGAUACCCUCCGAGCCAAUCCGUCCAUGCCGGAUGCCGAGAAAGCGUGGAGGCUGAUUGCAAACACGUUCGAGAAUAACAUGAGCAUGUUCUCCGACUCGAGAAAGCCCAUCCACAGAGCCGUGCGCAAUCUCUGUCUGAAAGCAUACGAUGCUCACAGGCUGCAGCGCAAUGGUGUUUCUGCUCUCCAGACGCCGGCGUUUAUUUUGAAGCUACGGCAGCAACAAGAGGUGUUGAAGAUCAAAAGACAAGCCUGCUGUAGGAAAGCCGAGGAUGCGUUCCAGUGGGACCCCAUCAGCUCAGAGGCCACUACCGCAUCGACAGAUCUUAAUCACGGCACGAUAUCCAGCGAGGAAGACGGUGCGCAACACGGGGAUGCCGGUGGUCAAAAUCAACGAUCUGAGCAUGUCAAUGAGCACGGCAGCGAAGCUGAACACACCUAUGCUAUAGAAAACAUAGACCUGGAUUCUCUGCUGGCUGGGGACGUCAGCGCAGAUAACAGGGCGUAUCAAACCAUCAACUGGGAGCAAUGGGAUCUUUUCCUCGCCGAUUCCAACAUCAAUUGAGCAAAUGCUACUGCGAACCCCAUGCACCUCUUGAGCAGCAGACUUGUCAAAACUCUCCACACUAUCAAUGACUACAAUUCUAAGCCAUGCACCGCCCUAAAC